CAUGACUCGAGCUGCACGUGGGAACUCAACAUUUAGCCAAUCCCUGUUUGCUCUUUUAGCGCGUCAUCUGCAAACAUGGCGGCCCACAUAACCCGAGCAUUGAAACGACUUCUGCCACGUGAGAGUGGUUGGCUCCAGCCUGCAGUCUGGCUAUCGUAUACUGAAGCACGGUGUCAUCACCAUAACUCUGCAGGCUCCUCGCUGCACUACGUACCCCGCAGGGCGGUUCUCUACUGCCCUGGCAAUGAUGAGCGAAAAUUGAAGAAACUAGCCUCGCUGGAUGUCGACUGUGCCGUGUUGGACUGCGAGGAUGGCGUAGCCCUCAGCAAAAAGACGGAGGCCAGGGAGACCAUUCCCAGGAUGUUGGAAGAACUGGACCUGGGCCGGACAGAGAAGUGUGUGAGGGUGAACUCGGUGUCCAGUGGUUUAGCCGAGGCUGACCUGCAGGUCAUUCUGCAGGCGAAGGUUCUUCCUCCUGCCAUUAUGUUGCCCAAAGUGGAGGACGUGCAGGAAGUGCAAUGGUUUGUUGACAGGUUUCAGCACAACUUGAAAGGACGGGCGCUGACAGAACCCAUUCGCCUCGUCACCUUUGUGGAAACCGCUGUGGGCCUGCUCAAUUUUAAGGCGGUCUGUGAGCAAAUCCGGCGUCUUGCUCCAAAGGCUGGUUUCCACCAUGACGGCGUGGUGUUUGGCUCUGAUGACUUCUGUGCCAGCAUAGGUAGCUAUCGCACUAAGGAUGCCAGGGAGCUUCUUUACGCGAGGCAGGUGGUUGUGACCACCAAAGCGUUCGGGCUCCCUAUCGACCUGGUCUAAGACUACAAAGACGUAGAGGGGCUGAGACAACAGGCCAGAGGAGCUCUCAUGGGCUUCACAGGUAAGCAGGUUAUCCACCCAGGGCAGAUCCAAGCUGUGCAGGAGGAGUUCUCCCCGAGUCAGGAGAGGGUCCAGUGGGCCAAGGAGCUCAUUGCUGCUUUUGACCAGCAUCAGAAGGAGGGAAAGGGUGCUUUCACCUUCCGUGGCAGCAUGAUUGACAUGCCCUCGCUGAAGCAGGCUCAGAACAUCGUAACGCUCUCUGCCGCGGUGCCGCAGAAGUAACACAAGUGGGGAGAAGAAAUGGGAGGAACCACACAACUGAACCCUGACAGGAGAGGUCAAAGGAAACGGGGGAACGUUGCAGGUCUCAAUAGAAGGAAACGACGCUUCAAAAACUUUUUCUUGUCACACCGCCUGACAUUCAAGUACGGUGGACUCUAUAGGUUUUAAUUCAUGUCUUUAAUAAUAUUUUGAUUAAAUCCAGUUGAUUGAUGUGGCUGCUGAGUUCCGGCUCCCACUUGGACUGUGUCUUCAGAUAUUUUGAACAAUACAAACUCUGCACAAAGCGAGUGUCAGCGGCAUUUGCCUCCUGAAACCAGCUGAAGGAUUACUGCCCUGUGUGGCUUUCUUUCCUGGCAUGCUCUGCAGUGUGUGCACCACCAUCAUGUCAUUCUCCAGAGUGUCUGUGCCCCAGCCUCCCAUCUCUCCCAGGUCAUGAUGAAUGCUCUCCAUCUCCACGGUCCAGACAGCUGGGCGAAAGGGUAAACAAACACAACAAGCCGCUGUUGUGGAUCUAUUCAGUGGGCCCCAGUCUUCCAGUCAGGCCUCAGCCCCCCGCUCAGGGCCCGACACACAAACAUCAAAGUCCUGCUUCCUUAGAGAAAAAACACAGAUUGAAGCGCGUAAACCGGUGAUUUAGCUCUUUCUUUUUUUGUGUGUAUGUGCCAUUCUGCUUAGUGAAGGCAUCUCUCUGUGGCUGCUGGUGUGUUGAUGGAGGAGGCGUGUGGCAUCGUACACACCAUGACCUGCACCAGAAACCACAACAAAACGCACACAUUGCUCACAAGCUGCAGCAGCGUUCUCAAACUCGUCUCUCAUUUAACGCAACAUUAAGGCGACCCGAGUUCACAACAACGGCGCAGCUCGAAAAAUGAACUUCUUAAUGAGUUCAGUAAAGAAGUUUGUUGUCUUGUCACAAAUGACAGCACAAAGGGGCUUUGUGGAGCACUUGUCCACAUCUGACUUGCAGAGACAGUGAAGUGGGUGUGAUGUUGGAAUGAGACAGAUUAGUGGCCAUGUUGCUCCAGCAGACCAGGACCGAGGCUUUGUCUCUCUGACUGUGGAUGGGAGGAUAAUUGGGGGGGUGUUGAAUGGUUAAUAGUGCCAUUGGUGACCAUGGUAAUGAAAGGCGCCAUACCUCCUCUACCCCACCUCACCCAAUCUCUCUCUCUCUCCCUCUCUCUCUCUCUUACUGUAUGAUCUAUUGUGUCUGGGGCAGGGCUGGUGUCUGUGCCAGGCCAGGCCAGACAAAAAAGAUCGAAACCACUCCUGCGUCCAGCCAAAAGACCCGAACAGUAAGCUGUCUCUUUGGCAUUUGGCCACAUAUUUCCUUCACCCCGGUUCGCUUUUUUUCUGUGGUGAACACACAUUCGGCUUGUUUGUUUGUUUUCCCCACAGUCUACUAUUAUACCCAGAGGUUGGUGGACAAAACUGCAAUUAUGUCCGACUUCAAUUAGGUAAAUUCAGAAAUAUUAUUUGGGGUAGAGCUCUUUUGUGAGAUCUUCAAAAUGGACGACUGCAGUGGUGAACUUGGAUGACACAGAUUGUGUAGAGAUGCAUCUUUAACUUGCAUUAUUAUUAUUAUUAUUAUUAGAUUGUGAGUAGCCUGUGCUGAUUGCUUUAAUUAAGCUAUAUAUUUUGUUUGUUUGGUCAAAUUUUAAAAUGCUUUACUGUGACUUUUUCAACUUUUAUUCAUUUUUUUGCAGCGAAUUAUUGUUGCAAUUCAGGAAAUUUAGUAGCACCUUUGAAUCUUGUGUGAUUUAGUUACAGUAAGAUGAAAAAUAAAGAGAUUUCCUAACAGUU